AGAGAAAGAGAGAGAGGGAGGGAGAGAUAUGAAGAAUCAUAACCUAAACUGUCAAAGUGCUAGAGAUAUACAUAUUCUGACUUAUUGAUUACGGUGUAUAAUCGUAUAAUAAUUUUAUCUGACUCCGUAUUACGCUAUUUUCAUAAGUAUAUUCAAGCAUUAUUUAUAUAAAAGAAUUGAUAUAUUAGAGAAUUAAAAGGAAAAAGUUUAUUAUAGAAAUACAAAAAGAAGUCUCAUAUUCGCAAUCAAAGUUAUCAUCUUACAUACUGUAAUGACAACGCGUUUAGCAAAUGAUUUUUCAAAUGAUAAGUGAUAUUUGUGAGUCAUGUAAUACUUGACUAUUAUUUAUCUUCCCAAGCAAUAAAAAGACUCUCCAUAAUGUUUGAGUUACCAGCAGAAUUGACAGCUAAGCCCUUAGCUCUGAUAGGUUUGACAGGAUUAGAUCUUAGAUGUCCGGUACAUGGAUCUAUCUGGGAUGCAUUUAAUAACAAUCGUAGAUCAGAAGGUGCAGCAGUUCAGUUUAAACUGCUCAGUCUGUCACAUGAAUUUCCUACUGUUAAACCAAAGCGUAGUUCAUAUGAAUGGUACAUACCUAAAGGGAUAUUAAAAAGAAAUUGGAUGAACAAAUAUCUCAAUGACAUUCCUUCCGUGGUUGUUGUAUUCUAUGAUCUGGACUGGAGUGAUCCUUUGUGGAAUGAGAAAAAGAUGGAAUGUGCCUCUAGAGUACAGUCUUUGAGAGCUUCCCUCGAUGGGAGAAGUACCAAGAUAGCUGUAGUACUGAUACAGCGUGCUAUUCAACCACCACCUGGUGCUGAAGAUGUGGUCGCGACUGAGCGUGCAACAGCAUUGUGUGGCGCUUGUGACUUAACGGCAAAGUUUUUGUAUAUUCUGCCACAUGCUGAUCACUUAUUGGGAUAUACAUCCAGGCUAGAAACAGCGUUUUAUGAUCUUGCACAAAACUUUUAUCAUCAUGAAUAUCGCAAUAUUAAAAGCCACCGCGAUCAGCUCACUAAGAAUGUCCAUCAGUACUUGUUUGUUCGUCAUCAGUUCAAAAUGGCAUUCUUAAAUGAACUCAAGCAGGAACAACAUCUUGCCCAAAAACAUUAUAUGCAAGCUUACCACAAUUUGUUAGAAACGAGAAUGACAGAUGCAAAUGCAGUGGAGAUCAAAACUAUUGCUAGUUUUAUAAAUUAUAAGUUAUGCAAGAUAAUGUUUAGCUUGAAUCUCCCGAAAGACGCCAUCUCUCAAUUUAGGCUUCACACGGAAAGAUUUAAGUUAAAAACUGGACCAAAGGAGCUCAUGUUUGAGCAUCAUGCUUGGAUGAGUAGUCAGUUUUCUACAUUCGCGGAAUUGUUCGAUGAGGCGAUUCGUCAAGGGUUACCCGCUGUUCAAACACAACAUCCGGGAUAUUAUUUCCAAUUAGCUGCCAAUCACGCAGGUUUGCGACAGUCCGCGUGUAAAGAAUUGUGUCAGAAUGUAAAUAGCUAUCCAGAUCCCGAUCCAUUAGCAGGUGAGGAGAAACUUGAAUUUUAUGGACAACGUCCAUGGCGACCUGGAAAACUGAGUGCAGAGCCUGCGGAUACAGCCAGAGAAAUUAUUGGUAUACAGGCUUUACAAUAUAGAGAGAAAACAUCAGUCAAUCACUCUAUGAUAAUUAUCGGUUUGUUAGGAAAUGCGAUAUCGCAAUUCAAAGUGUAUCGUUGCCCACGGAUGCGGCGAUUAUUAGUUGUACAAAUGGCAGAGGAAUACUUCAAUGCUCAGGAUUACGGCAAAGUUCUGACAUUGUUGAUGCACAUGUUAUGGGAUUAUCAUGGGGAACGGUGGCCGGUCUUACUGACAGAUAUCUUAAAGAAUGCACUGCGGGCCGCGUAUCUGUCGACUAGUAUCCAAGAUUAUCUCACUCUGGCUCUUGAAGCUUUGGGACCCUCCACUACAUUCUCAGAGGAGAGCGGCAAAGCUAUUAUUUACGAUAAUAUUAUGAAUAUAUUGCAGAAGAAACCACCGAAUCCGGAACCAGACUUGCCGGACGAUGUUAAGCAUCUGGCAAUGGAGAAAUGGGCAUUGGAAUUAAGUUGUCCAGAGCCGAGCAUUUUCAAGAUCGACGACAACAACAUGACGUCGCUCGUUGAUCUUAAAGCACGAUUUCUAAAGCCGACUUAUGCAGUGAAUACGAUGAUAACGGUGGAAGUUAUCAUACGGAACUCCUACUGUGGUAUCGUAGAGUUUACUAAUGUGUUGAUAACAGUCAGUGGUCCAGGUUAUAACGUCGAGAUUCCAGUCAGCGAUACCCAACUGUCUAACCUUGUUUUUCAACCCAAGGAAACGAAGAAGUUUUAUUUCAACUUUAAAGCGCCCCAUCAAAGCGUGGAGAUUCGCAUUAGCACAGUUUCACUACAGAUGGGCGAUAGUGCACAUUGUUGCAUCAUACUGAGAUGCUCGGCUAUGGGUAGGGAGACGAAUCUGUUUGAUCGUUUGUAUCCUGAGAUACAACAACUUCGCGGAGGCGAAUUUGAGGCAAUAAGGCCGUUGGUCCAUGCGGAAAUCAAACAGGAAGAAUCCAGUUUGAAUAUACACGCAGAAUCCAAUAAUCCUGCGCUUUUAGGCGAGUGGCUACCCAUCAUCAUUUCUCUAUCAGCGAACGAGGAUGUAACUGCUGUUUCUUUACAUACAACACUCGUACCAGAUGGUGGCAACGAGCAAUCAACCGAGCUGAGCUUAGAUAUGCUUAAUAAACAGUCAAAAGCGUCGAUUCCUGUGAACAAUCUGAAUAAAGGUUCCUCUGUCAAGCACACAGUAUACAUUAGGGCACAUAAAGUGGGCGAUAGAAAUAUCGUAGUGAAGGCAGAGUAUGCUAGACCUGAACAAGUCAAGGGGAAUAAAGAAUUGACAUAUACGCUGGCGGUUAAGAAGCCAUUCGAAGUAACAACGCAGUUUUACACCACACUGUUCGAGCCAUUAACAAAUGGAUUUGUUAAUGAACCAUUUAUCAUUAUGCCUCAUGUUACAUGCGUCUCUCCGUGGCCUAUAAACAUUUUAAGUACAUCUAUAGAGCUGGCGGAUUCUAUUGAAAGGGAGAACAAUCUGGACAAUGAAGAGUCCAUUUUAGCGGAUGUUACACUGUGCGAUGGUGAAGCGGGGACUGACGCCUAUUGUUUGAUUCCAAAGAUAGGCGGCGAGCAGCCUAUCAGCACCGGAGUGUACACUAUCAAAUGGAAGAGAGCAAACGAUGAAACCGCGUUGGAAACUAGCAGCAGUGUAACCCUGGCUCCUCUAUGUGUUGAAGACGCGGUGAUCGGAUUGGAAGCCAAAAUGCCAGCUCACGGAUGGGUUCGCACACCAUUUUGUAUAUCUUAUUUUAUAAAAAAUCAUUCCGAUUAUCUGGUCACUUUGCGCUUAGCUAUGGAAGGCAGUGAUGCCUUCAUGUUUGCCGGACAAAAACAGGUUGACGUUUAUAUACUUCCUAGAAACGUACGGAAAGUUGAUUGGGUUUUACGACCACUGGUCGCCGGUUUCGUCGCUCUUCCAACGUUAUCGCUAACGGUUCCUGCAGAUGAGGAGCACAAGAUUGGUAAGGCACGUCUGUCAGAGGUGGUUGAACGUUCGUUGCCGAGUCAUAUAUACAUAUUGCCGAAAUCGCAGUCUCUAGCAGAAUGAGCGUGUUCGAUAUAUUGGGAUCCUUUUCUUAUAAGAAAUAUCGUAAUUUUUUAUCAAACUGUAUCGUAAAAUUAGCCGUACAUUUCGAACAGACAAAAUUCGAUAAGUUGUAACCUGUUGAAUAUAAUUUAUCUGAAUUAUUUUA